GUGUUGAUGCUGUUUGUCCGUGCGUGCGUGCGUUCGUGGGUGGUCUCGUCGCGGCAUUGCGAACUGGGAAUUCCUGAUAGCGAUGGUGUGCAUUUCGUUUUGCAACCGGUGCAGUAGGAUUAUUGCGGUGUCCAGCAGGUGGUUUGAAAGUUUGGCUGGAUCGAGAGCUGCCGCUGGGAGGAUUUCGUACUCGGUUAUUCGCGUGUCUCGCAUUUCUGCGUGGAGCUCUAAAUCUGCUGGUCAUUUGCAAACGAAUGCGAGUGGAUUUCGACAGGUGCUUAGAAUGGAUGGAGACACGUCCAAAGACCUCUCGACUGGUGUAGCACUGCCUCCUCCAGAUGAUGAAUUUGUAUCUGAGAAGGAACUUGAAUCAUGGACCAAUACUAUCCUGCCUGGGCAGUAUGACAGUUAUGAAGGUGUAAUUAUAGAUCAUCGCAGCUUGCCAAGUGAUGCUUCCGUCUUCAAGAAGUAUUUGAUUGCGUCGAUUGCACAGUGGAAAAAGGAGAGGAAGCAUGGUAUUUGGCUCAAAUUGCCAAUAGAGAACGUCAAAUUGGUUGAAGCUGCAGUUGCGGCAGGUUUUGGAUAUCACCAUGCGGAACCAGCAUAUCUGAUGCUCACCUUGUGGCUUCCAGAUGGACCUUGUACCCUACCACCGAAUGCAUCGCACCAAGUUGGUGUAGGGGCCUUCGUCCUGAAUGACAAAAAUGAGAUUCUGGCAGUCCAAGAGAAGAACGGUCCUCUAAAAGGUACCGGAGUUUGGAAGAUGCCUACGGGGCUCACCAAUCAGGGAGAGGAUAUUUUUGAUGGAGCUAUCAGAGAAGUGAAAGAAGAAACGGGGGUGGACGCACGCUUCGUGGAGGUUGUGGGAUUCAGGCAAGGUCACCAAUGUCAAUUUGACAAGUCAGAUUUAUUCUUUUUAUGCAUACUCCGUCCAACUUCCACCGAGAUUGUAGCUCAGGAAUCAGAAAUUGCGGCAGCUAAGUGGAUGCCAUUGUCAGAGUUCAAAGCGCAGCCGAUCUUCGACACGCGUCCAACGAUGAAGAAGAUGCUGGAAGUUUGCUUGGCACGCGUUGAGGGCAAAUAUCAAGGCUUUGCUUACGAGGACAUCCAUCCGGAUAGUCUCAACUCCAACUCAUAUUUCUACUAUAAUCAGGUGGACUUCUUCGGCAGCCAACAACAAAGCAUAUUCAGAGCGAAAGAUGGUGAAAGAUCAUGCCGAAGGGUGGUUACGUAGAUUAAACUCCUUGUCUUCGUUAUUGAAUUCCCUGCAAGCACACACAACUCAAGCAACAGCCACUAUCAACAUUCUUUCCACCUCUUGGCCAGCAUUGGAGGCUCUGGUGAGAAGGUGGGUCCCUUUUGCGAAGAGAAUAUCCACAUGUUCUCUUCAUGUUUGAAUCUAAAAUAUGGUUAUAUUGGGGAAAGUGCUAGCUGUUGUAUUGAAUAGGAAAAGAAAAAACGUCAAAAAACUUACAUAUUUUUAUUAAACUCUUUAGCAAGCUUGUCGAAUGAAUAAGUUUUGGAAUGUUGUGUCAUACUUGUUUCUGAAAUUGCCAUUAUCAUCAAUUCA